AUAGCGCAAAGCAUCAUGGUAACUGUAGUUUACGUUCUUUUGAUGACCCGCCACAAGCUAAAAGAGUUGACAAUCAUUUAACUGACUUUUAAUGUCUAUUUGGGCGCGUAUCUUCCUCAGUGCAUUCAUUUUGGACACCUAACCCUAACUCUGACUGCUCAACGUUCAAAGGUUGUCAGCUGCCAAGUCGUCUAACCAGGCACCAUGGGCCGCGGGUACACGGUAGACGACACCGUGGAGGUGUAUCUCUCCAAACUAUGCGAUCAGCCGGCAGCUACCGUCACAGGUGUGCUCGUUGGACAGAGCUCACCUCAGAGAGAUUUUGUUGUCAUGGCGUGCAGGAUGCCGCCAAGGCAAGAGGGCCUGGUGGGUGUAGGAAAGUCCUUGGACAAGGAGUGGAUCAGCGAGCAUGCUCGACAGGUGUCCAGAAUGUUGCCUGGGGGCUUGUCUGUGUUAGGGGUCUUCAUCAUCACUGAUGCAGACGCCAAGGAAACACUCACCUCACUUCGUCAGCUGGUGUUCACCGUGCAGAGUCUCAUCUCUUCUGAGCAUGUGUGGAAGCCUGCUGAUGAUGACGUCACAGACUGCCUGGCGCUGCACAUCAACCCCAAAUCCAGAAAAAUCAUAUGCAGGACCUUUGAUAUUAAAGACCCCAAGAGUAUGGCCAAGCCUGCUGAUUGGAAGUACCAGUCAGGCGUGUCUUCCUCCUGGUCCAUGGUGACUUGUUGUGUCAGUGUGGACCUGUUGCUGCCGCUUCCAGACUGCUCAGAGAGCAUGGAUAAGUGUCUGGAGGAGGCACUGAGAGUGUGGGCGACACAGAUGGAGAAGGCAGUCUGUCUGCUUGACGGCACGCAGCUGCCAGAGGAUGCAGAACUUACUGCAGGACAGAAGAGGAACGUGAGACAGGUUUUCACCGCCCAGCUGCUCAUCACACCGGACCAGGGCAGGUUGACAAGUGUGGUCCAGCAGUGCGGAGGCAGCCUGGCCCUCAGAGGAGUGGUCCACAGCCGGGCUUACCUGCACAACAACAGACCGAAGGCCAAGAUGGCGGAGAAGCUGCUGAAGAGAGACGUCCUCUCCACCAUGGUCACCAGACUUCAUAUGUGGCUUGAAGAGCAGCCUGGCUCAAAGAACCUGGUCAAGGGAGUCACCAGAGACCAAGGCACAGAGACAUUCUGCCUCCCUCACCGAGUCUUUUCUCCCGUGGGAGUGGGCGGGCCUUUGUUUGUGUGCGACUACCAGUUCAAGGACGACGACCCGAUGGAGGUGAUUGACAGGUUGAAGGAAAUGCUGGACAUUGAUGCCGCUGACAAGGACUUGGACACGCAGCUGGAGAUUGCUGCUGAAGUGGUAGAAGUGCACCAACCAGCAGAGGCCCCUGUGGAACACAUUGCAGUACAAGAGCCCAAGAGAAACCACUACUUAGGUAUCGUCAUGGCAACUGCUGUCGCCCUACUCGCCGCGGCAGCCUCAACGCUCUAUCUGGGUGGCGCUUGACACGGCAAAAUAAAGAGUUUUAAAUUGUAUUGUC